AAGUGUGUGUGAAAAAAAAACUGAAAACUUGUCUCGUGAAGCAGCAGGUGGAGGUGGUGUGUGUGUGUGUGUGUGUAUAAAAGAGCAAAAUAAAUGUAAAAGUUCUUUCUUUUUCUUCCUUCUUUCUUCUUCAAUCCCUCAAAAACUCUGUAAAAUCCUUUCAUUUUUAUGGGGUUCUUCUGUUUUUUCAAGAUUUGGGGUUUUUCAUCACUCACAUUCCUUCUUUAAUUUCACGGGGUCCCUUUCUUCAUCUCUCUCUUAAUGUGUUCUUCGUCUAGUUCUUGACGGAUUUUGCUCAACUUUUGGGCCAUACCCAUUGGGGAUUGUGCUCUGUUUUUUAGGGGUUUUCUCUUAAUCUCAUUGUUUGGUCAACGGGAAAAGUGGAUUUCGAUUUUCCGAGGCUCAAAAUGUCGCAUUCUGGGAAUCCCAUUUCGGAUGUUCGGUUUCAUGAUCUUUCCGAUCGGUUUCGAGAUUCGGUUACUUGUGAAGUAAACAAACCGGAUUUUCGUGAGCUAGAUCUGGGUUCCCCUGUUUCGCCAUUGCGUACUCGUCACCAGAUUGGCGGCGGUCCUGCCGUGAGUAGCAGUUCCAGUUCGUCGGGAUCGGUUUCUGGUCGGAAUGGACAGAACCCAGUUGCGAAAAGAUCCGAUUCGGGUCCUAACAAUCACUCCGGUGAACUCUCUGGGUCUAGCGAGAGCAGUCCGACCGCCGCGGAGAGUCUCCGAUCUAUUGGAACCCCUAGAAAUUUCAAGUCGGGUCAUAAUAGAUCCGAUUCCGCUUCGAAUCAUCCUUUAAUCUAUUCGGGUCAGUCUCAAAGCUCUGUUACUUCUCCCUCCAAUGUGCUACCCACUGGCAAUAUUUGCCCUUCUGGAAGGAUCUUGAAGCCGAGUAUGCCGACGACAAAUCGGAGCUCGAGAACCGACGUUUUGGGUUCUGGGUCGGGAAAUUACGGCCAUGGAAGCAUAAUGCGGGGCCUCGGCGGUGCUAAACCCGUCGCCGUUGAAUCGGUUAGUAAUGUCAGUUCGAGAGGCGGCGGUGUUGGUGGUGGAGACUCGUUGAAGAGGGCGAAACAGAGUGGGGAUCCGGAGGAGUUGAAAAGAGCUGGAAAUGAGCAAUACAAAAAGGGUCAUUUUGCUGAGGCUUUGAGUCUUUAUGAUCGAGCCAUUGCAAUAUCUCCGGCCAAUCCAGCUUACCGGAGCAACCGAGCCGCUGCCUUAACCAGUCUCCAGCGGCUCGGCGAGGCGGUAUCGGAGUGUGAGGAGGCUGUGAGAUUGGAUCCCAAUUAUACUCGAGCUCAUCAACGUUUGGCAUCUCUGUAUCGUAGGUUAGGACAGGUAGAGAAUUCUAGGAAACACCUUUGUUUUCCGGGCGUUCAGUCCGAUCCCAAUGAGCUGCAGAGAUUGCAGGUAGUCGAGAGGCAUAUAAGUCGAUGUGGGGAUGCCCGUCGAGUUCGAGACUGGAGAAGUGUAUUGAAGGAGGCAGAUGCUGCAAUUUCUGGUGGAGCUGAUUCUUCACCUCAGCUGUUCAUGUGUAGAGUAGAAGCUCUUUUAAAGCUUCAUCAGAUUGAAGAUGCUGAAUCUAGCCUACUUAACGUUCCGAAGUUACAUCCAUCAAACAACUCGUGUUUACAAACGAAGUUCUUCGGUAUGCUUUCGGAAGCAUACUCGCACUUCAUUCAUGCCCAAAUUUCGAUGGCGUUAGGAAGGUUUGAGAAUGCAGUUACAGCUGCUGAGAAAGCUGGGCAGAUCGAUCCACGGAAUGUAGAAGUGGCGAUGCUGCUUAAUAACGUGCGUUUGGUUGCAAGAGCUCGUACUCGAGGCAAUGAUCUGUUUAAAUCAGAAAGGUAUACUGAAGCUUGCUCAGCAUAUGGGGAAGGUCUUAAGCUCAAUCCUUCGAACUCGAUUCUUUACUGCAACCGAGCAGCCUGUUGGUUUAAACUCGGGAUGUGGGAACGGUCUAUCGAAGACUGUAAUCAUGCGUUACUUAUUCAACCAACUUACAUGAAAGCUCUCCUUCGAAGGGCUGCCUCGAAUAGUAAGCUCGAAAGGUGGGAGGAGGCUGUUCGAGAUUAUGAAGUUUUGAGAAGGGAGCUUCCAGAUGACAAUGAAGUUGCUGAAUCUCUAUUUCAUGCUCAAGUUGCGUUAAAGAAAUCUCGUGGGGAAGAAGUUCAUAAUCUGAAAUUCGGUGGCGAAGUCGAGGAAGUAUCGAGCCUAGAUCAGUUCAGAGCUGCCAUAUCGUUCCCAGGGGUCACUGUGGUUCAUUUCAAAGCAGCAUCUGAUCUACAAUGCAAGCAAAUAUCACCAUUCGUCGACGUCCUUUGUCGUCGACACCCUUCCAUUAAUUUCCUCAAGGUGAAUCUGGAAGAAAGUCCAGCAAUUGCAGAUACCGAAAACGUAAGGAUCGUACCAACAUUCAAGAUUUACAAAAGCGGGAAUCGAGUUAAAGAGAUCAUAUCUCCAACUCGAGACGUGUUGGAGCAUUCAGUAAGGUAUUAUAGCUUAUAGAAUUCAAAUCUACUGCUGCUGUCCAUGCUCGUCUCCUUUAGCAAUCCUCCUCAUCCUACACCGAACCCGAAUCCUGACCAUUUGAAAGAAAUACCUGCUCAAACCUCCUUCCUGCCUAGGAAUUACCCGAUAACCACGACAACUAAACGGGUCGAAAUAAUCCCCAUUAGCAGCCAACCGAAAAACGCGAAUGGAAUCCAGAGAGAGAUAGUAUAGUAGUUCAUUUUUGGAGUUGUCAUUAUAUUCAUUCAUUGCUCUCUGGUUGUUCCAUCUCUUUUCCCUCCAUAUCCAUUUUCCCAUAAGGCUCGGUAGCGAUAUCGGUCUACUCCCCGUUGCAUCGAAACUCAUUAGAACGGACUCGAACUCAGCAAUGGGUGUAGGUAAACAAGGAUGUGUACAUGUAUAUAUGAUAUAUACAAAGAAAACAGGAAGAGAGGGGAAGGGAGGGGAGGGGGAGGAGUACAUUGUUAGUUCUUCAUCUGUUCUUUGAAACAUUUUCUCAUUUAAUAAUAACAACAACAAAUCAUGAUUUUCCACUGCUGCUGUUCUUCAUUUACCUCAUCAAAGCCUGAUAUUUCAUGUUGAUAGAUGGGUAUCUGUUCUUGGGGUGAUGGGUAUCUGUUCUUGGGGUGAUGGGUAUCUCAUUGAAUGCUUUUGUUGGAAAUGGGUAUGCCAAAGUUUGUGCUUUUGAGCUGAUAAGGAGUGGAGUGGGUUGGGGGUAGUUGGUUCUAUUCAUUGCUGUUUUAAAAGUAGAUUGUCCUUCAAAGCUAACUACUACUGGUUUAUAAAGGUGUUGGGGCCACUUUCCCAACCAAAAACUUUAUUGAUUUAUUAUUA